UGUUUGGCAUUUCGUUUUUUCUUGUUAUUGUGAAGAGAAAAAAAUCUCAUCAACCCAACGAUAAUUGCCGUUGGUUUUUUAUUUAACGUCAAAGGUGAUGGCAAUUUGCAGGGAAGUUUGUUAUGGAUUUUUCUAAAUCUGAUGAUUGUUGAAACUCUUAUCAACGGCUUUCUGCUCCUUCCAUAUUUGCCUUUGCUUCCAUAGCGUGCUUAGUUCAGUGUCGAAAUUUUCGUUUUCCUGCGAAAAUGAAUGCAGCCGUGCUUAUAGCCCUUGCAGCAACCAUUGGUAACAUGUUGCAAGGAUGGGAUAAUGCCACCAUUGCAGGUGCUGUUUUGUACAUAAAGAAAGAGUUUAAAUUGGAAACGGAACCGACUAUUGAAGGCCUGAUUGUAGCCAUGUCUCUCAUUGGAGCCACCUGCAUUACUACAUGCUCGGGAGGAAUAUCGGACUGGCUAGGCCGCCGCCCCAUGCUGAUAAUCUCAUCAGUCCUUUAUUUUCUUAGCGGUCUUGUAAUGGUGUGGUCUCCUAAUGUCUACAUCUUACUUUUGGCGAGACUUUUGGCUGGAUUCGGAAUCGGUUUGGCUGUAACUUUGGUCCCAGUUUAUAUAUCCGAGACUGCACCACCUGAAAUAAGGGGGUUGCUGAAUACCUUUCCACAGUUUACUGGUUCCAUGGGAAUGUUUUUUUCGUAUUGCAUGGUUUUUGGAAUGUCGUUAUCACCAUCACCGAAUUGGAGAUUGAUGCUUGGUGUUCUUUCUAUUCCUUCGCUCGUAUAUUUUGUAUUAGCUAUAUUCUUCUUGCCUGAAUCACCGAGAUGGCUUGUAAGUAAAGGGCGAAUGGAUGAGGCAAAAAAAGUUUUGCAGAGGCUGCGUGGCAGGGAGGAUGUUGCCGGUGAGAUGGCUUUGUUAGUUGAGGGGCUUGGUGUUGGAGGUGAAACAUCGAUAGAAGAGUACGUAAUUGGCCCGACAACUGAUGAUGUUGAAGACGAUGAUAUAUCUGCUGAGAAAGAUCAAAUCAAGUUGUAUGGACCUGAAGCAGGCCAGUCUUGGGUGGCCAGACCAGUCACUGGACAACAUGGUAGUACUAUUGGUCUUGCGUCUCGGCAUGGAAGCAUGCUUAGCCAGACUGGUCAGGUCCUUGUGGAUCCUCUUGUCACUCUCUUUGGAAGUGUCCAUGAGAAGCUCCCUGAACAAGGAAGUAUGCGUGGCACACUUUUUCCGAACUUUGGCAGCAUGUUCAGCGUGGGAGGUAAUCAAGCUAGACAUGAAGAGUGGGAUGAAGAGAAUGCUUCCAUGGAGGGAGAAGAUUAUGCACAUGAUGGUGCCGCUAAUGAUUCCGAUGACAAUUUGCAUAGUCCUUUGAUCUCAAGGCAAGCAACCAGCAUGGAUAAGGACAUUCUUCCAACUGUCCAUGGAAGCCUUACUAACCUGAGACAAGGUAGUCUAUUGCAAUCAACUACUGGAGAACCGAUUGGUAGCACGGGGAUUGGCGGCGGUUGGCAGCUGGCCUAUAAAUGGUCUGAAAAGGAAACCUCGGAUGGGAAAAAGGAAGGGGGAUUUAAAAGAAUUUAUUUGCAUCAAGAGAAUGUACCCGCAUCUAGGCGUGGCUCAAUAAUUUUUCUGCCUGGUGUUGAUGUCCCUGCUGAAAGUGAGUAUGUCCAAGCUUCUGCUUUGGUGAGUCAGGCAGCUCUUUAUUCCUCGGAGCUUGAGAAGCGGCAUCCGGUUGGACCAGCUAUGGUUCAUCCGGCCGAAACUACAAAAGGACCAAGUUGGCAUGAUCUAUUCGAACCAGGAGUAAAGCAUGCUUUAUUGGUAGGGGUGGGAAUUCAAAUACUUCAGCAGUUCUCUGGUAUAAACGGGGUUCUAUACUACACUCCCCAGAUUCUCGAACAGGCAGGAGUCGGCGUUCUUCUUUCUAACUUAGGCCUCACUUCAACUUCUGCUUCAUUGCUUAUCAGCGGCCUUACAACCUUGUUGAUGCUUCCAAGUAUAGUUAUCGCCAUGCGGCUUGUGGAUUUAGCUGGUAGAAGGAGUCUGCUACUCAACACACUUCCUGUCCUGAUAAUAUCUCUCAUAGUCUUAGUCAUCGGAAGUGCCGUGAAAAUGAGUAGCAUUGUGCACGCCUCGAUCUCAACUGUCAGUGUCGUGCUCUACUUUUGUUUCUUCGUCAUGGGAUUCGGGCCAAUUCCCAACAUUCUGUGUUCCGAGAUUUUCCCAACACGGGUUCGUGGCAUCUGCAUUGCUAUAUGCGCACUUACCUUUUGGAUCGGUGAUAUCAUCGUCACUUAUUCACUCCCAGUGCUGCUGAAAUCAGUUGGUCUCGCGGGUGUCUUCGGCAUGUAUGCGAUUGUAUGUGUUAUAGCAUGGGUGUUUGUCUUCUUAAAAGUUCCGGAAACCAAAGGCAUGCCACUUGAAGUCAUUACAGAAUUCUUUGCACUUGGUGCAAAGCAGGUUGAAGCUACCAAGGAGAACUGAGUUUUGGGUUAUUUCUUCAAGUUUCAUGGAUAUUGAAAGUUUUGGUUUUUGUUCAAAUUUUCUUCUUUUCA